GGUGAUGUGACUCUCGGCGACUGGAAUUAGAUGGGAAAAAAAUAAAAGGCCAAUGAUCGGUUGAUCAGUUGCCAAGAUGAAGCACACCGAUCGGUUGAUCAUGAUUCGACUUAUUACAUGACCUUCUCUCCUCUCUCUCUUCUUUCUUCUCCCUCUUCAGUUCUGGUUCUUUGCUCCCAAUCUCGAUAACCUUCGUGCUCUCCCACAUCGGAAUUCUCGAUCAAUCUUCUUGGAUUCUCCACUGAUGCCGAUCUCUAUUAGAUUGGUUUCGCUCAAGAGCUAGGGUUUGUUAGGUUUCUGGAUCCAGAUGGAGGACCAGGCGGCUUCCCGCGAAUCCCUCGGCGUUGAAUCAGCCACCAAGUUUCCUCCUCCGAGGAGCUCGUCCUCCGGCCACCGGAUCCCCGAAGGAGAGCCGCCUCAGCGCCAGUGGAGUGGGGACUACGGCCUCAGCGCCGGGGAUCGGAGGUUCGCCUUCUCUCGCCAGCCAUCCUUCCGCCAAUCGUUCCAGCGGAGCCAAUCCGACCCCCAGACGCCGGUUUCGUUCCAGAGGAACCACUCGUUCCGGCCGUAUCUCUCCCGGAGUGAUUCCAAUAUCAGUAUUCCGCCAUGGGAGAUCGAUGGCUAUGGUGUAGGCUACUCCAAGUUCUCUUUGCAAGGGGACGGAAAAGGAGAUCAGAAGCUCACAGCGCUUCAGGUGAUGUUGUCUUUGGUUCGGGUGAUAAGGUCGGGGAAUCGACCGAUGAAGCGGCUGGCUUUGAUGAUAUCGCUCAAUGUAGCGUAUUCAACCGCAGAAUUGUUGAUUGGCAUUCUUACGGGCCGUGUAGGUUUGGUAUCUGAUGCCUUCCAUUUGACAUUUGGUUGUGGCCUCUUAACAUUUUCAUUAUUUGCCAUGGCUGCAUCUCGUAGGAAACCUGAUGAGGUCUAUACUUAUGGGUACAAAAGGUUAGAAGUAUUAUCUGCUUUUACAAAUGCUCUGUUUCUUCUUUUUAUGUCAUUUUCAUUAGCAGUGGAAGCACUACAUGCAUUUAUCCAAGAUGAAUCUGAGCACAAGCACUACCUAAUUGUUUCAGCAGUGACCAAUCUUUUGGUGAAUCUACUUGGUGUUUGGUUCUUUCGGGGCUAUGCUCGUGUUAAUAUAGUUUACAGGAAAGCUGAGGAUAUGAACUACCACUCCGUCUGCCUCCAUGUUCUUUCAGAUUCAAUCCGGAGUGCAGGUUUGAUCCUGGCAUCAUGGUUUCUGACUUUAGGGGUUGAGAAUGCAGAAGUUCUAUGCUUGGGACUAGUUUCAGUUGCGGUGUUCAUGGUUGUCCUGCCACUGUUCAAAGCAAGUGGCGGCAUCUUGCUCCAAAUGGCUCCUGCCAACGUUUCCCCUUCUGCCUUCAGCAAAUGCUGGAGACAGGUAACUGCUCUUGAGGAUGUUUCUGAAGUUUCUCAAGCUCGGUUUUGGGAACUGGUACCUGGUCAUGCCAUUGGGUCUUUAUCAAUACAGGUAAAGAGGGGAGCAAAUGACAGCCCGAUUCUUCACUACGUGCAUGGAUUGUAUCAUGACCUGGGCGUACAGGACUUGACAGUUCAAAUGGACUAUACAUAGGACUUGACAGUUCAAAUGGACUAUACAUAGGACUUGAACUCUCAAACUGAGUAUUUCCUAGCGUUUCCAGUUUUGAGGAUACAAGAGGCAAAUAUUAUUUACAUCCCCUUUUUUAGUCUAUUUUAACGCAUCAACUGUUAGCAGAGGGAAGCAAUUAGUAUGAUAAGCUUGGACAGAUUCUAUUUUUUUUUUGGUACAAACAUAUUCUAUUAUUUAUUUUAAUACAGUCAGAACACAAUGAAGGGGAUGAUUCGCUGCAAGUAGUAUUAAUUUAUACGACAGUUUCCAAUAAUCGCAUCCUGUUAACCAACGUGCAACAAUGACAAAAACUUUUCCUUGAAGGCCCAAGUGUUAACUGAGCGUCGUUCUUUCGUUUUCUUUUCCUGUUUUUGUGCAAGUAGUAUUAACAUUACUGAGCGAUGUUCGAUGUGUCUUUUUAACCUCUAAGUUGUCUGAUGAAUGAUGACUCUGGGGAGAACAUCAGGCAAAAGCAACGUAGAGAAAGAAUGGUAGAUGAAUCUUUAUUAGGGAAAAGAUGGCACCGAAGAAAGCAGAGAUUCUGGCCAUGUCCGAACCGUAUGAAUAGGAUCAGAGUUCUUGCUGGCCCACGUCGAGAUCCAUUGUUUACUCUUGCCGCUUGUCCUAGAGGCUCCUUAUGGUGCUGCGACCCAUUUUGUCAUUUCCUCUACUUUUUAACCCUUCUUUCCUGGCUUUUUUUAUUAUUGUUAUUUUUAAGAAAAAGAAUGCUGCACCUCUUGUUACGAAUCCAUCAUUCACAGCUCCUGCCAAUUCCUCUAUUAUAGUCAAUGUUGAGCCCAACCACAUACUUGUUCCAGCAGAUUUAUCCUAGUUUAUAGAAGAAAAUUGCUUGAGAUGCACUCGCUUCCGCCACCAGUUCUCCAUGGCAACAAAUUAAAUUUCAAUUUUAAUGUGCCAGACAUGCACUACUCUUUAUCAAAAACCAAUUAAUCAAUUAAACCAACCACCACCCCCAUAAGCCGCAAACCCUACAGAUGUACAACGCUUGCAAAAAGAUCGUCGGUGGUUUUUUUUGUCUAGGCGAACCACAGGAACGGGAAAAGAUCGCCUGUCAUUUUAUUUAUCGUUCACACGGACACUGGAACAACAAACGUGCACACUAUAGUUGCAAUCCUAGUACAACACACCAGGUUUCACUUACACGAAAAUAUUCUGUGCCCGUCUUGGAGUACCAAAA